GUCCAAAUGGGGGCUUGGUCAGCAUGCUAUGGCUCUGGACUGAAUCCCCAGGCCGCUGCAUUCCUGCCGCGACAGAAGGCAGCACGGGAGUGGCGAGCAUUGCUUCGGCGCCUCGCCGCAACACCGCUGCCGCUGGGCCGAGAGGCACUGCUCUGGGCAAGAAGGUUAGAAGAUGCGGCAGCAGCAGCCAUCCAGCUGCACUGGCGCUGCCAUUGGUGGACAAAGCUCCAGAAUCGAUUGGCAGCCUCGCCGGCAAUCUCUGGCUCGAGCCAACCAGUGGGCUGAUGGGCAACACAAGUGGAACCCACGCGCACGAGGCACCAGACAUCUGGUGCGAUGAUGCACUGGCGAUGCCAGAGGCGCUGCCCGAUGGCCACUUCCUGUUCUCAUCCGAGGCAACCACAGAAGGACAUUUCGACAAACUCUGCGACCGAGUGGCGGACGCAGUAUUGGACACAUGUCUUUCACAGGACUCUGAAAGCCGGGUGCUCUGUGAAGCAUGCGCCAAGUCUGGAAUGGUGAUGAUUCUUGGUGAGGUUGUCAGCAAAGCCAGUAUACAAUACGAGCAGGUCAUUCGAGAAGCUGUCAAAGCGGUUGGCUAUGACAGCGACGACAAGGGCCUGGAUUGGAGGACGAUGAACGUGAUUGUAGCGGUUGAAGAUCAGGGCCCGGACAUCGCAGCCUCCUUGGGGAGUCAGCGGCCAAAGCUUUCCGAUGACCAGGCCGUAGUUGUUGGGUACGCCACAGAUGAGACAGAGGAUGCUAUGCCGCUGUCUCAUGCCCUGGCAUCGCAGAUCUGCGCCCAGAUGGAUCGGCUGAGGCGAGAUGGCGUGUUGACGUGGCUGCGUCCAGAUGCUCGCGCCCAGGUGACCGUGGAGUACAAGGCAGACUCCGACGGUGCGCUGCUUCCACAGCGGGUCCACAGCAUCUCCAUCAUCUACAGCCAUUUACCAGAGGUAAAGCCUGCAGCUGCAGAGAAGGACCUCAUGGACCAGGUUGUGAAGCCCGUGGUUCCCGAUCGCUUUCUUGAUAGCUCGGUGCGCUGCAUCUUCGCACCUCGAGCUCGCCGUGGUGCUUCGGAGGCGGGUUUCUCCGGUCGCCGGUGCGAUUCCGACGGCUACGGUGGAUGGGUGCCGGGAGGCGUACUCUCCGGCCGCGAUGGGUGGGCUUUGGGCCGCGCGGCCUACGGAGCCCGCUGGGCCGCAAGGAGCCUGGUCGCUGCCGGGCUCUGCCGGCGCUGCGAAGUGCGGCUGACCUUCGAUCCACAAAGCGAAGCUGCUGGGGUCCAG